GUGAAUACCUCCCCUUAUUUUUUGACAUUUUUUGUGCACGAUUUUUUCUUUGCCGCUAUCUGACAUUAGCUCCUGACGUUUUUACAUAAUAUUCUUCCUAAAGGAGGUCGGAAGCUAUAGAGAAUGUCAUUGACACAAGUUGCUCGUAACUGCAGCCGAUUUGCUGUUGCUGCAAAUGCACUGCGUGUGACGGCCGCAGUCUCAUCUACUGUUCAGCCUCAGUUGAGGAUGAUGCAUAGAAUUAGUGUCAACACACCUGCCAUGAGCAUUUUGUUAAAUCAGAACAAAUCCAACUGGCAAUCACAAUCCGUGCGAAACUUUUCUGCUAAGCCGCCACUCACACUUAAAUUGAUCGGUGAACGUGUCUUGCUCGUACUGAAACUCUAUGACAAGAUUGACCCCAGCAAGCUCAGCGUUGACUCGCAUUUCAUUAAUGAUCUUGGUCUUGAUUCAUUGGAUCAUGUUGAGGUGAUUAUGGCUAUGGAGGAUGAGUUCGGUUUUGAAAUCCCCGAUUCGGAUGCCGAAAAACUGUUAAAACCUGCUGACAUCAUUAAAUAUGUUGCCGAUAAGGAGGACAUCUAUGAUUAAGCCAUUAAAAUAAUUAGUUCUUUCAAGGAUAGUAGCUCACACACGUGAAAUGUAAUUUGUUGAAACACAUGAAAUGGGUGUAAUUUACAUUUACUGUUAAACCAAAUAAAAAGGGAAAACAAACUAAAACUUA